GGGUGGGAAAGCAAAAGAGGCGGCCAGCAGUCACCUCUGUUCAGUCGCCGAAGCUGUUGAGGAGCUCCAAUAAUGUUUGUGCUUUUAUCGUGAUAAGUUUCAUUCAGCGGCUUUGUGUAAUUUAUUAGAAAUCAAUAAUAACAAUAAUAAUGCUGGAGGAAGAGCUGAAAGUCCCCGAAGAGCUUUUUAAGGACGUGAAGUUUUACGUCGUCGGAGAUAUCGAGCCGAAGGUGGUGCAGCUGCUAAAGUCAGGGAAGGGAAAGGAAGUGUCCUACAUCGCCCUUGCCACGCACAUCAUCACAGAGGAUGGGGACAACUCGGAGGUCAGCGAGGCACGCGAGGUCUUCUUCUUACCUGUAGUGAAGCCCUCGUGGGUGAUUCUGUCGGUCAGAUGUGGAGACCUGCUGCCCGUUACAGGUUUUUCUCCUGAGUCGGGGCAGUUGUUCUCUGGAGUUCGGGCAUGUUUACCCCACCUGAAGGAGGAUCUCAGCACCCUGUGGGCCUUUAUUACAUUUUAUGGAGGAGAGUGUCAGCUGAAUUUCAACAAAAAAUGUACACAUCUGGUGGUUCCUGAACCCAAGGGGGUGAAAUAUGAAUGCGCGCUGAGGCACAGCGGGAUUAAAAUCGUCACCCCGGAGUGGAUCACCGACUCGGUGAAAACCAAGAGCAGGAAGGACGAGCCGCUUUACCACCCGAGACUCACCUACUACGAGGAAGAGGAAGAUGAUGAGGUCAGCGAAGAUGAAAAUGAACGUAGUUCGUGCUCGGAGGGCAGCAAGCGCUCCAGCCCCGCCUCCUCACGAGGGGCGUCGCCUUCCAGGCGCCCACGCUCACCCUCGCCCAAAGCCGAGGUCAUGUUCGACGACUCGGACGAAUCGGAUAAAGAGAUCAACCUCAACUGGACGCUUUCUAAGCACCGCCUUCAACCAAGCAAAGACACGGCACUCAUUAACUUGUGUGACAGCGUUCCCCCUGUGUCAGGUAACGCCCAGGGGGCGGAGCGUCCAGAGAUGAUUUCUGGGUUGAACUCUGGGCCACGCCUUUUGCGAAACAUAAACAAGAGCGGAGAUCAGCAGCCGCAGCAGCAGCUGCCUCGGUCGUCCAACGUUGCACAUAUUCUUCAGAGUCUGACUGCUAAAAGUGUGACAGCGCAGGGGACUCAGAACCAACCUGGCAUUCCCAGUCAGCUGCUUUUUAAUACCACGAAACCUCCACCGCACACAGCAACACAGCUUACUCCAGAAGUGCAGCAGCAGUUACUCCAGCACCAGCAACAGCUGCAACAGCAACAACAGCAACAACAGCAACAGCAACAGCAGCAGCAGCAACAACAGCAACAGCAGCAGGCACACCCGAUUCCUACACAGCAGCAGCAGCAGGCACACCCGAUCCCUACGCAGCAGCAGCAGCAGCAGCAGCAGCAACACGCACAGCAGCAGGUGCUCCAACAACAUCCAUUAAUGCACCUGCAGCCACAGUCCAUGCAAAUACAUCACCUGCAGCAACAGCAGCAACAGGCGAAUUUUUCUCAAAUGCCACAGCAGCCACAUCAGUUCCUCCCGCAGCAGAUGCACCAGCAGAUGUACUCGCAGCAGCAGCAGCAGCCGCACGGCUUUCUGCAGCAGCAACUCCGACCGCCGCCGCCGCCGCCGCAGCAACAGCAGUUUCUUCGAACGCCCUUACAGCAACAGCAGCAUGCAUUACAGCAGCAGUUACUGCAGCAACACAGGCUCCAGCUGCAACAACAGCAGCAACAACAGCAAAAUCAGCAGCAGCUGCACCAGCAACAUUUGCAGCAGCAGCAGCAGCAGCAGCAGCAUUUCCUGCAACAGCAGCAACAGCACAUGCAUCAGCUGCAUCAGCAGCAACAGUUACAGCAGCAGCAGCAGCAGCAACAAAUGCAAAAUACGCAGACUUUGCAACAUCAGACCCAGACACCGCUGCAGCUCGUGCAGCCGCAUCAACUGCUGGGGCAUGAACCAGGGCAGGAGAUUCCUGAAGAUGGCUUCCUGGUCGGCUGCGUCUUCGCCAUUGCAGAUUAUCCGGAGCAGAUGGCUGAUAAACAGCUCCUGGCCACAUGGAAGCGGAUUAUUCAGGCAUACGGUGGCUCGGUGGACUCGGCUUUGAAUCGCUGCACCCACUUACUGUGUGAAAGUCAAGUCAGCAGCAUGUACCUGCAGGCUUUGAGGGAAGGCAAGCGCUGUGUUACAGCUCACUGGCUCAACACGGUGCUGAAGAAGAAGAGGAUGGUUCCUCCUCAUCGCACACUCCAUCUGCCCUUCAGUUUUCCUCCAGGAGCCAAACCCUGUUCUCAGCAUAUUAUUUCAGUCACUGGUUUUGUGGACAGCGAUCGAGAGGACCUGAAGCUCAUGGCCUACUUAGCUGGAGCUCGCUACACGGGAUACCUGUGUCGCAGCAACACUGUUCUCAUCUGCAAAGAGCCAAGUGGGCUAAAGUACGAGAAGGCGAAGGAAUGGAGAAUCCCGUGUGUGAACGCUCAGUGGCUGUGUGACAUCCUGCUGGGAAAUUUCGAGGCUUUACGGCAGAUCCAGCACAGCCGAUACACUCAGUUCAACUUGGCUGAACCUCUCGCUCCUAACACACACCUUGUCCAGAACCUGCUGGCUGCUUGGAGAAAUCCUGUAAAAGUCUCGCCAGAAGCCUUAGUGAGUCUCCGUCUGCAGCAGAAACAGAAACAGGCAGAGGGUUCCUCGCAGCCACCUGCCAAGAAGCCCAAAAUAGAGGAGCUGCCCACACCGUCUAAAAAGCUUCCCCCGGAGUCAACCCCGUUCGUUUUCUUUACUGGUUUUGAACCUCAGCAGGCCCAGCAGUAUAUAAAGAGACUUUAUGAGCUCGGUGGUGAAGUGGCAGAGAGCGCGCAGAAGUGCACUCAUCUGGUGGCCAGCAAAGUGACGCGCACGGUCAAGUUCCUGACGGCCAUCUCUGUUGUUAAGCACAUCGUCACUCCUGAGUGGCUGCAGGAGAGCUGGAAAUGCCAGAAGUUUGUGGAUGAAAAGAGUUACAUUCUGCGGGACGCAGAGGCUGAGGUGCUCUUCUGUUUCAGUUUGGAGGAGUCACUGAAAAAAGCUCAUGCUGCUCCACUCUUCAAGGGUAAAUUCUUCUACAUUACACCGGGAAUCUGUCCGAGCCUCAGCACCAUGAGAGCCAUCGUCGAGAGCGCCGGGGGGAAGCUGCUGUCCAGACAGCCGUCGUUCCGUAAAAUCAUGGAGCACAAGCAAAACAAGAACCUUCCGGAAAUCAUCCUCAUUUCAUGCGACAACGAUCUGCAUCUGUGCCGUGAAUAUUUUCUGAAGAACAUCGAGGUGCACAACGCUGAGUUCAUCCUCACAGGAGUACUGACGCAGACGCUGGAUUAUCAAUCGUAUAAAUUCACAUGAUCAGGAGGACGUCCUCUGGAAGAGAACACUAAACACUCUCUUGAAUGGUCGAUGCUGAAGGUUUCUUUUAUAUUUAUAUAUAUGUAUAAAAGAAAGACAAUACUUUCAGUUCUUUUUUUGUACCUGGUUGAACCUUUUUUUUUUUUUUUUUUUUAAAGAAAUUACUGUUGAAAAAAAUAAAUAAAUAAAUCGCUGUUAUUUUUUAAUGACUGUUUUAAAUUAUGCCACAUUUUUCCUGGAUUGUUUUCCCUUUUUGGAAUAAAAGUCUUAUUACUGUGA